AACGAUGACGCGCGGGCUGUUGCAACGUCAAACAUCGUCCCCCUAGUUGUGCCAUGCGCACUGGCGGUUGUUGUUGUUGAGCUGGUUGUUAUGGCUGGACAAGGCCUCGGACUAAAUUGAGAGGACCCCCCGCGCCACCCUGUCUCUGUUGCGGGACACCCGCCACCCAUGGACGGCACAGACAUGGACGUGGACGCGGAGCUCAUGCAGAAGUUCAGCUGCAUGGGCACCACGGACAAGGACGUCCUCAUUUCCGAGUUUCAGAGGCUGCUGGGCUUCCAGCUCAACCCAGCCGGCUGCGCCUUCUUCCUGGACAUGACCAACUGGAACCUGCAGGCUGCUAUCGGCGCAUAUUAUGACUUUGAAAGUCCCAACGUCAACACGCCAUCCAUGUCCUUCGUUGAAGAUGUGACAAUUGGGGAAGGAGAAUCAGUUCCUCCAGAUACACCUUUCACAAAGACCUGGAGAAUACAAAACACAGGUGCAGAGUCGUGGCCGCCUGGGGUCUGUCUAAAGUACGUGGGCGGGGAUCAGUUUGGGCAUGUAAACACAGUAAUGGUAAAGUCAUUAGACCCCCAGGAGAUAUCAGAUGUGAGUGUCCAAAUGCGAAGUCCCACAAAUCCAGGCAUGUACCAGGGCCAGUGGAGGAUGUGUACAGCCACUGGGUUAUUCUAUGGAGACAUCAUCUGGGUGAUUCUUAGUGUAGAAGUCGGAGGCCUCCUCGGCGUGACCCAGCAGCUCUCCUCAUUCGAGACAGAAUUCAACACCCAACCCCAGCGCAACGUGCAGGGAGACUUCAACCCAUUCGCCUCACCGCAGAAAAACAAGCACGAUGCCACUGACAACAGCUUCAGAGAUCCUGGUGGGCAAUGGGAGCGCACGCAGGAGCCAAUCCAGCAAGAUCAAAACGGACUGUCUCAUAAUGCUGUAAAUAGAGCGUCAAAUGGUCUCCAAACCAAUCUUUCUGUGGUGAAAUAUGGUCAGGGUAUUCACGGACCCUAUCCAUUCGGACAGAGCUAGAACAACAAAGAUCCCCCCUCUCUCGGUGGAUGAAGAGCUAAACACCCUGGAAGUCCUUAAACACAGAGGAGUCUGGAGGGGGGAAAAACUUUUGUUUUCUAUUGACUCAUGACAACCCUCUCCCUGACCUCAUGGCCCUUUCCACAGAAACACAAACUACAGUGGGGUGAUGGAUUACAUCCGUUACAGUGAAAACACCCCACCUGACAUCAACACCUGGACUCGCAUGUGUGAAUGCUUCAUUACAGAGUGCUACAAACCCUUAAAAAUACAAACACUCAACUACUUUUAUUUCAGCUGUAAGACACGUCUGAUUAAAGGGAAAUCAGCCCUAAACAAUCCGCUCACUAUUUGGUUCUCUUCAGGGUGCAUACACAGAUCUGGAAACGGUUGUUAGAUAGAGAAUAGAUUCAAUUAAUGUUGUCGUUGCUCAUUUUGAGGCCUUAAAGACGUUUAAAAGAGAGACUGAAAAAUUGUUCUCAAAGAAAGAGUUUCUUCUAUCGAAGUUUUGUCCAUAAGUUAAUGAACUAUUUCCUCUUCUUGCCUGUGGAUGAAAGCCUCAGCAUGGUUUCACUUUGCUAAACAGUUGGUAUGUCAACGAGUAUGACAAGUUUUACCGGGCUGUCUCAGAUAAUUAACAAAGUAUCGACUAUCACAAAUUACUGUUAUCAAAUCACAAUGUUUUAUAAGUUCCUGUGUGACAUAAGAAGGUACAGAUGAGACUGUUUACAUCGUGUUAGCUUUAACUUUAUAUUACAGCUCAACACGGUUAAAUCAUUUGAGCUAGGUGAGGGAAGUGACGAAAACGGAAAUACUUUCAAUGUAUUUGUGUCAAGUCACCUUAAAUGCCUGAUCCUAGCAGAUGUCAAUCUUUCACAUUUGUUUAGUUUUGCGUGUUAUCAAACCCAGAGAGUUUCAAGUAGGUGAUCAUUUUUCAAAUGGGAUUAGAAAUAAUAAACGGCUGUGACACGUUUACAAGCUGCUAUUAGGAAAGAGCUCCAUGUGAAGUUAGAUGUUCUGCUCUUUAUAUUUCUGAUUUUCCCUUUUGGACAAAUCUUCCUGUCAAUAUUGUAAAAACUAGGGACGUUUUUAAGCAACUAAAUUCCUAGUUUUUUACACGUAAAUUGAAAUUCUGACUAACAGACUACUCUAAAUGUUAAAAACGCUCUGAAACAAUUAACACAGGAUCACAGAACCUGCGUGUGAACAAUGUCUAAUUGGAAUGUCGAGUAUGGAUAACACUAGCAGAGUCAGCACCACCAGCCUUCGAUCCUCUUUGCUGGUUAACGUCCACAUGCCCGCGCUGGUUACUCAUUGCUCUUGUCGAGUUAUAUGCCAGUUUAACCAGAAGCAGCUAUGUCUUCAUUUUCUAAGUCAAAAUACUGCCAAACCACGCCGCGCUACGAGAGGCCAUCUGUCAUGCGUACUUGUUUACAUCCGGAUAGUAGAACACUGUAGCAUCAUGGCAGUAUCCGUUUACUGAGGUACAGCCCUCACUAGUGGUGAGUGACAGAGCUGCAGCUUAGACACAACAUAUGACGGGCAUCUUGGCCUUUGGUAGUAACAAUAAUAUGUUAACUGACAAGUCAUUCUGGUGCCGACUAGCAGGGGUGAUGGUUUGAUUGUUUGGUCAAUUAAACGUGCACAUCCCUGUUUAAACCACACUACAGCGAUCCCAGUGUUUACUGUUUUACCGCAGUGAAUCAUUUCAAAUAACAUUACUUUGUAGAGUCCAGACAAUCUGUGUUUAAAGUCAAAACCAACCCCAUAUUAUGUCUGAAAGCAGUAUCAAUCAAUAACAAAAUGCAAAAGACAGAACGCCACAAAUCAAAACGUACAGAUAUUUAAAGAUCGGAAACGAUCCUCCAUUUUCACAGAGACAAUAUGUUGCAUCCUGCCUGGUGUAAGAACCCUGUCACUCUUAAAGAUCAAAUCAGGAGAACCGAGACACUAAUCUGCUCUGUCAUAAAGCAUCUAUGUCUCCAGACAGCAUCAGAUGUUUUAUUAUUUGGCUUUAGGGUUGAUUUUCCCUUAAAAUAGAUGCUGAAGGGUGAAGUGAGUGAAUGUGAGAAAGUGAGGUGUGAGGAAGGGUUGAAAAAGCCAUUUAAAUCUAUUUUGCCUGAUGUGUGACUGUAGUCUGAGUCAACAUGUCAACACAUGUAUGUGUCCUAUAUAUGUAAGUAUGUAUGCCAGUGUGUGUUUGGGUGUGUGUGUUAAGGUUUCUCUUUGAAUUGAACUGACAUCGUAAUGGUGUAUACUACUUGGGCAAAGGAUGACGUGUCUGUUCACAAACACAUCUAUAAUGAGAAAUCUUUACUGGGUGUGUACCUCUGAAGUAUUGCUGCAGUGUGUGGAUGAACUGACUCACGAUUUGCCCUUUUGUUAUUUAUUUUUUGUUUUAUCAUGCACCUCAGUAGCUUCAAGUCCCGUUUAAAGCCAGCAGGUGGUGCUAUAAAUCAGAAGAUCAACCUUAACACUUGAUUCUCACAUCAUGCUGAGUACCUUGUCAUGAAAAAGUGAUACAUAGUGGUUUGAUUUAAGUGAUAUUUGAGUAUGAAAAUGAAUGGUUCACAUCAGGGUUUGCACUGAUGUUCUGUUACUGCUAUUUGCACAAUUCUGUUUGUUGCUUCUGAUAAGGAAAUGUAGUUUUUUCAGCUUCUUCAGAUUGUUAUACCAGCAUUCUCUGGAAAGUUUUAUUGUUUUCUUUUGCUCAUCUUCUCUUCCCUGAAGGCCUUGUAGCUUUAAAGUUUUGUUUCCAUGGUUCUUAAACAUUAGUUUUAUCACCACAGUGAUGUCUGAUCUUGAAAAUUGGAGAUCAGUUCAUGUCAUUUAGGUUUUGCACAUCAACUAUCUGUCUGCUAUCACACCUGAAUUUUAACCUCAGCUUUGCCUUGUUCAUUUUGUUCCACAUUUAUUUCAUCAUGUUUUUUGGGUUUCAAAAUAAAAGAGGGAAAAUUUGUUAAUUGGACUCCAUGACAGUGUUAUAUUUUUUUCUAAGGGGAUAUUUCUCCACAAAAGAUGACAAGGUUUUUUUUUGCUUCUGUCUCUGAGUGGUUAUAAUGAACCUCUAAAUGAUAUUUCAUGACAUUUAGAGCUCAUUGCAGUUUGUACAUCAGCGUUCUGUGUUGCUGUGUUUGUUUUAAGAGUCAGCUGAAAGUCCUCCUCCCAAACAGUAUACACUGUUCUUCUUUGCUUCUCUGAGUCACGUAAUUUUUUUUGUGUGUGUGUGGAUGUGGAUGUGUGUGUCAACUGGUGAGAAAUCUGAACAUUGCUGGAUUCAUUCUCUAGUUUUAGUUUGUGACUAUGUGGGGGUUUGAGACUGGUGGCAUGGUGAGUGGAUGAGAUGAAAGUUUACAUAGUCCUAAAAUAGCACAUUUAUCUGAAGAGAAAUUGUCAAAAUAAAGCUUUUUCCCUGUAUCUAUAAUUAAGCAUUUGUAUGAUUAAAUUAACACUGAAACAAGGA